AACUGUUGUUUUGAUUGCACCAUCGUUCUUUGUUUAUUGUUUUGCUCCUCCUUUCCAUGCCUGUCUUUUUUCACUUUAAUGAAGAACAACACCAUAAGAGAAGAAGUGAAUGAAAGUCUGCCCUCAACUGACAAUUGGUCAACAGAAAAAUCGGAGGGCAGCUUGACCUGCGUGAGCCCCUUUGAUGUCAUGUCCUCGGCGGGCAGGCAGGGGGUAGGUGGAGCCUCGGGGCUCUUCCCAGAGCCGGACGAUGACCUGCCAGAGCUCCUGAGUGAGCUGGGCCUGGGGAAGUACAUCGACACCUUUCAAGAACAAGAGAUUGACUUCCAGACGUUCCUGACCCUGUCAGACGAGGACUUGAAGGAGGUGGGAGUGCUGACGUUUGAAGCCCGGAGGAAGAUGCUGCUCGCCAUCACAGGUCAGAUCAGAGAGACGGAUUACAGCAGUGGUUCCCAAACUGGGGGGCGUGACCCCUAA